AUUAAAUAGGAAUAAAACAAGAGGGAAAAGAAAGAUGCAUUCAUAGAGGUAUGAGGUUUCAAAUUACUCAUCUCUGUGCUUCCCAAACAUCAAAGCCUUGCUGGGUCAGGUUUAAUGCACCAAGCAAACAACAUAAUCCUAACAGUCUAAAAGCUCAGCAAAAUGGACAAAACAAUCCCCAAUAGAAAUUAUUGUCGCUUGAUUUGGCGGUUUCGUCGUAUUUAAGUUACCCCUAUUUUACAGAGUACUAGGACCUAGGUACUUAACUUAACCCCUUAUCCGAAAACACUAUUUCCAACCUCAACUCACUACACACUUUUAAAAACUAGUCGUGUAUUUGUAUGAGUCAAGACCUGUGUUUUAUAGUCUUGAAUUUGGGAAGAACCGCUCUUUCCAUCUUCAGGCGUCCUGCGAGUUUGGUUAGAGAUCUAUUUCCAACUCCAAACUUCCUUUUGACCUCGCACCUUUACUUUGGUUCAUAACAGAUACAAAUCUUUCAAUCUUCAAUAUACACUCACGCCAAUCACCUCACCCCCACUAAGGUAGACUUUUUUUUUUAUCUUUUUUUUUUACUCGCUCACUUCCCGUGAACUCCUACCUUUACGCCAGUAUCACAUGAUACCUAAUUGAGACCAUUCCUAAUGGCUACACAUGAGCCCAAGAGUGAACCCCCGGUGGGCCAUACCGAAAGAAUGGAUAGAUCAUCCCCCCUCAAAUGCGACGAAGGCGAUACCGAUGUCCUGUCCCAGACACACAUUCAGCCAGCGGAUCAAGUUCCUGACGGAAAUACCGGUUUCCGACGUACAACAAGAUUGAAAAAGCCACCUACCAGAUAUGAUGAAGAAUAUGUCAAUCUUGCCCCUGAAUCACCUGCACGGCCAGCUGUAAAGCAACCUCGCCCAAAACGGAAGGCUGCUCAGGUUGCUACGGAUAACAUCGUCCCUGAAGAUGCCGCCCCUAUUCUCGAGGAUGUCCUAACUCGAAUGUUUCCGGACGAGCGUAAGGAAUAUGAAGGUUGGGUCGAACUUGAAUCCGAACCAGGCUUCUUCAAUGCGAUGUUACAAGAGUUAGAGGCGAAAGACUUCAAAGUCCAAGAAGUCUACGGCCUCGACGCGGAUAUACUAGGAUUCCUACCGAAACCGGUGCAUGGGCUCAUAUUCUUGUUCGAAUAUGAAGGUGAUAAUGAACCAAACGACGACAGCCGUGGGGACUGCCCCGAUGAUCUUUGGUUUGCGAACCAGACGACCGCUAAUGCCUGUGCUACUGUUGCACUCAUGAACAUCAUCAUGAAUGCUGAAGACACCAGUCUCGGUACCCAACUCCAGGAUUUCAAGGACUGUACCAAGGCGCUGCCACCACCUCACCGAGGAAACGACCUCGAUAAGAAUGACUUCAUUCGAAGCAUUCACAAUUCAGUCGCGAGACGUAUCGAUCUCAUUGCCGAGGACUUGGCUCUCGAUAAUAAGUACGAAGAAUCAUUAAAGAAGAGGAUGCAGAAGUCAUCUCGUGCCAAGCGCUCAAAGGCAAAUGUUGAAACUAACUAUCACUACAUUGCCUACGUACCCAGGAACGGUCAAAUAUGGGAACUCGACGGGUUGAAAUCAAAGCCUUUAUGCCUUGGUAAUGUUGAAGGCUCGUGGCUUGACACAGCGAGCGCAGCUAUCCAGGAACGCAUGAUGCGCAAUUCAGAGUACUCAUCAUACAGCCUCCUAGCGAUCUGCCAGUCGCCGCUUAAGACACUAUGUACGGAGCUCGCAACAAGCCUCGCCUGUUCCCGCACCUUACACGAACGCUUCAGCAAAGAUUCCACUUGGGUCGUCCCGGAUCCGUCGGAGAUAUUUACCAACAUGCGCCCAGAGCAACGGAAUAUGACGUCCGAGAGCCUUGACAAGGCCGAACUCACAGAAUCCUUCGUGGCUAAGACAAGCCGUCUUGACUUCGACGCUGCGGCGGCAUUAGAGUUGGCACAGGAACUAAAGACGGAGCAGGACUCCCUAAACGCACAAUACAUCGCUGAACUGGCAGCUGUCGACGAGGCCGUAGAGACGGUGCGCGGACGACAGCGCGAUUACACGCCGGCUAUACAUCAGUGGGUGAAGGCACUUGCCGAGAAGGGGGUUCUAAGGGAGUUUAUCCAAGAGAUGGGAUAGAAUAUCUGGGUAGUGAAACUUCUGGGUAUGGUGAGGAUUAUUUCUAGAAAAGCAACUUGAUUAGACGAGCUGGUGAGUUAGUGAGUUAGUUAGUACUACUUAUAAUUAGAAAGUCUCACGCCGCGUUGGGUUUCAUAGACCUGGCGUGAAGGCAGGCUAUUUCUACCGACUA